AUGACACAUUUUUUUGAAAGAUAUGGAAUUUAUCGUAACAAUCAUCUAGAUUAUCAUCUAGUUAUCGAUAUUGGUGAGUCUACUGCUCCAGAAAGUGUCGUAUAUUAUACAAAUCAAGAUGCUCUUGAUCCAACAUCGGUUAUUGGACGACAUGAUAAUCCGAAACUUCCACCAUAUCCUGCUCAAUCUGCUAUAGAAUUUUGUUCAUCAUACGGACAAUCAUUCAGUACAUGUUAA